AUGGCGGCAGUAUACCAAGACAUCUACUCUGAAGACGAGCUCUCCAUGCUCCUAGCUCGUCAGUUGAACUUCAACAAUCCCUUACCAGCACAACCAGAGCAAGUCCUAGAACCCGUGGCCGUCGCAGCGCCACAACCAGUCCAGGCUCCCAAGAUAGUGUACAUCUCCCAGCACUACAACCACUCGGCAGCCCACCUGGCCAAACAAAAGGAGCAACAGCAACAACAACAAGAAACCCCAGCCCGACCCUCCUCGGAGCCCCCCCAAAGCGAACACGCGGCCAUCGAACGUGUCCUCCGUGAAUACUCGGUCGAUUCAACCAACCUCUCCCCCGCCCAGUUCCACCUCUUCAAAACCGUCGACGACCCCCAACGCAUGCACUUGAUCGAACUCUGGCGCGCCUGCCCCCCACCCCCCCAACACCCCUCAGAUGUUGACUACAACUCCACCACCUCCCUAGACCAGGAAGAAGCACUCGCUCGAAUGCGCUGGGAGCAGGCCCAGCAAGACGAAAUGGAAGCCGAACUCCAGGCUCAGCUCGAGCACGAGUACCAGAUCCAAAUGGAGGAGCAGCAACGACAGCAACAACAAGGGCAGCGACAGCAGGAAAUGAUCAUCUCGUUGGAUGGGACCCCCUUGACGCCAGUUCAGGUGGGAGAUGGUAGGUGGAUCCAGACGACGGCAGAGUAUGGGGAUAUGGAACCUUACAUGGCGACUGGGUAUCAGGAGGAGCUGGCGAGACGUGAGUAUGAAGAAUCUGCUAGGCGGGCGCUACUUUUGGCUGAGCCAUAUGAAAAGGACAUGAUGAGCGGGCCGUACAGCCAGUUUGGGCCUGCGCUCGUCCAACCAGGGGGUGUCAUCGGUACUGGGACGGGUGGUAAUAGCGAGGCUAAGAGGGCGACGGACCCGGUGUACAAGUCCGUCGGGGUGGACUGGGCGGCAAUUCGGAGGAGGGAGGAGGAGUACCAGAUGAGCAUGUCGGAGCAGUAUGGGAGGUUGAUGCUGGCUAGGGGGGUGGAGGAUGAGGAGGAUGAGGAGAUGUUGUGA